AUGUUCAAUCUUCUUUUCUUUCUCCUUUUCUAUAUAUCUUCAAUCUUCUUUCUUUCUUUCUUCCUUUUUCUUUAUAUUUUCAAUCUUCUUUCUUUUCUCCUUUUCUAUAUAUCUUCAAUCUUCUUUCUUUCUCCUUUUCUAUAUAUCUUCAAUCUUCUUUCUUUCUCCUUUUCUAUAUAUCUUCAAUCUUCUUUCUUUCUCCUUUUCUAUAUAUCUUCAAUCUUCUUUCUUUCUCCUUUUCUAUAUAUCUUCAAUCUUCUUUCUUUCUCCUUUUCUAUAUAUCUUCAAUCUUCUUUUUCUUUCUCCUUUUUCUAUAUAUCUUCAAUCUUCUUUCUUCUUUCUUUCUCCUUUUCUAUAUAUGUUCAAUCUUCUUUCUUUCUCCUUUUCUAUAUAUCUUCAAUCUUCUUUCUUUCUCCUUUUCUAUAUAUCUUCAAUCUUCUUUCUUUCUCCUUUUCUAUAUAUCUUCAAUCUUCUUUCUUUCUCCUUUUCUAUAUAUCUUCAAUCUUCUUUCUUCUUUCUUUCUCCUUUUCUAUAUAUCUUCAAUCUUCUUUCUUUCUCCUUUUCUAUAUAUCUUCAAUCUUCUUUCUUUCUCCUUUUCUAUAUAUCUUCAAUCUUCUUUCUUUCUCCUUUUCUAUAUAUCUUCAAUCUUCUUUCUUUCUCCUUUUCUAUAUAUGUUCAAUCUUCUUUCUUUCUCCUUUUCUAUAUAUCUUCAAUCUUCUUUCUUUCUCCUUUUCUAUAUAUCUUCAAUCUUCUUUCUUUCUCCUUUUCUAUAUAUCUUCAAUCUUCUUUCUUUCUCCUUUUCUAUAUAUGUUCAAUCUUCUUUCUUUCUCCUUUUCUAUAUAUUCUUCAAUCUUCUUUCUUUCUCCUUUUUUUCUAUAUAUCUUCAAUCUUCUUUCUUUCUCCUUUUCUAUAUAUCUUCAAUCUUCUUUCUUUCUCCUUUUCUAUAUAUCUUCAAUCUUCUUUCUUUCUCCUUUUUCUAUAUAUCUUCAAUCUUCUUUCUUUCUCCUUUUUCUAUAUAUCUUCAAUCUUCUUUCUUUCUCCUUUUCUAUAUAUCUUUCUUCUUUCUUUCUCCUUUUCUAUAUAUCUUCAAUCUUCUUUUUUCUCCUUUUCUAUAUAUCUUCAAUUUCUUUUCUUUAUCUUCUUUUCUUUCUUUUUCUAUAUAUCUUCAAUCUUCUUUCUUUCUUUUUCUCCUUUUCUCUAUAUCUUUCUCCUUUUCUUUCUUUCUUUCUUUUCCUUUUCUAUAUAUCUUCAAUCUUCUUUCUUUCUCCUUUUCUAUAUAUGUUCAAUCUUCUUUCUUUCUCCUUUUUCUAUAUAUGUUCAAUCUUCUUUCUUUCUCCUUUUCUAUAUAUCUUCAAUCUUCUUUCUUUCUCCUUUUCUAUAUAUCUUCAAUCUUCUUUCUUUCUCCUUUCUAUAUAUAUUUCAAUCUUCUUUCUUCUCCUUUUCUAUAUAUGUUCAAUCUUCUUUCUUUCUCCUUUUCUAUAUAUCUUCAAUCUUCUUUCCUUUCUCCUUUUCAAUAUAUCUUUCAAUCUUCUUUUCUUUCUCUUCUUUUUCUAUAUAUGUUCAAUCUUCUUUCUUUCUCCUUUUUCUAUAUAUCUUCAAUCUUCUUUCUUUUUCUCCUUUUCUAUAUAUCUUCAAUCUUCUUUCUUUCUCCUUUUCUAUAUAUGUUCAAUCUUCUUUCUUUCUAUAUAUCUUCAAUCUUCUUUUCUUUCUCCUUUUCUAUAUGUUCAAUCUUCUUUCUUUCUCCUUUUCUAUAUAUGUUCAAUCUUCUUUCUUUCUCCUUUUCUAUAUAUCUUCAAUCUUCUUUCUUUUCCUUUUCUAUAUAUCUUCAAUCUUCUUUUCUUUCUCCUUUUCUAUAUAUCUUCAAUCUUCUUUCUUUCUCCUUUUCUAUAUAUCUUCUUCUUUCUUUCUCCUUUUCUAUAUGUUCAAUCUUCUUUCUUUCUCCUUUUCUAUAUAUCUUCAAUCUUCUUUUCUUUCUCCUUUUCUAUAUAUGUUCAAUCUUCUUUCUUUCUCCUUUUCUAUAUAUGUUCAAUCUUCUUUCUUUCUCCUUUUCUAUAUAUCUUCAAUCUUCUUUCUUUCUCCUUUUCUAUAUAUCUUCAAUCUUCUUUCUUUCUCCUUUUCUAUAUAUCUUCAAUCUUCUUUCUUUCUCCUUUUCUAUAUAUCUUCAAUCUUCUUUCUUUCUCCUUUUCUAUAUAUCUUCAAUCUUCUUUUCUUUUUUAUAUAUGUUCUUUCUUUCUCCUUUUCUAUAUAUGUUUCAAUCUUUCUUUCUUUCUCCUUUUCUAUAUAUGUUCAAUCUUCUUUCUUUCUCCUUUUCUAUAUAUGUUCAAUCUUCUUUCUUUCUCCUUUUCUAUAUAUGUUCAAUCUUCUUUCUUUCUCCUUUUCUAUAUAUGUUCAAUCUUCUUUCUUUCUCCUUUUCUAUAUAUCUUCAAUCUUCUUUCUUUCUCCUUUUCUAUAUAUCUUCAAUCUUCUUUCUUUCUCCUUUUUCUAUAUAUGUUUCAAUCUUUUUCUUUUCUCCUUUUCUAUAUAUGUUCAAUCUUCUUUCUUUCUCCUUUUCUAUAUAUAUGUUCAAUCUUCUUUCUUUCUCCUUUUCUAUAUAUUUCAAUCUUCUUUCUUUCUCCUUUCUCUAUUUUCAUAUCUUCUUUCUUUCUCCUUUUCUAUAUAUCUUCAAUCUUCUUUUCUUUUUCUCCUUUUUUUCUUUCUAUAUAUAUUAUCAAUCUUCUUUCUUUCUCCUUUUCUAUAUAUGUUCAAUCUUCUUUUUUCUCCUUUCUAUAUAUGUUCAAUCUUCUUUCUUUCUCCUUUUCUAUAUAUGUUCAAUCUUCUUUCUUUCUCUUCUUUCUAUUUCAAUCUUCUUUCUUUCUCCUUUUCUAUAUAUGUUCAAUCUUCUUUCUUUUCUCCUUUUCUAUAUAUCUUCAAUUUUAUUUUUUCCUUUUCUAUAUAUGUUCAAUCUUCCUUUUCCUUUUCUAUAUAUGUUCAAUCUUCUUUCUUUCUCCUUUUCUAUAUAUGUUCAAUCUUUCUUUCUUUCUCCUUUUCUAUAUCUUCAAUCUUCUUUCUUUCUCCUUUUCUAUAUAUGUUCAAUCUUCUUUUCUUUCUUUUUUUCUAUUUGUUCUUUCUUUCUUUCUUUUUCUAUAUAUAUUUCAAUCUUCUUUUUUGUUCAAUUUCUUUCUUUCUCCUUUUCUAUAUAUGUUCAAUCUUCUUUCUUUCUCCUUUUCUAUAUAUGUUCAAUCUUCUUUUUUCUUUUUCUAUAUAUGUUCAAUCUUCUUUCUAUAUAUAUCUUUAAUUUUUUCUCCUUUUCUAUACAUCUUCAAUCUUUAUUUCUUUCUCCUUUUCUAUAUAUAUUUAAUCUUUUUCUUCUUUAUUUCUUUAUCCUUUUCUAUAUAUCUUCAAUCUUUUUUUCUUCUUUAUUUCUUUGUACACAAUUCCCCCCUCUCUUUCUUCCCAUCUUACUUUCUCCUUUUUCUGUUUAUUUGUCUCUUGAUAUUUUUUUCUUUUUUAUUUAUGUCUUGUUUUUUUUUAUUAACACUUUUCUUCUCAGAUUUUAACACUUCCUCUCUCACAUUCUUGUGUUUUUUUACUCUCCCUCUCUUCCUUCUUCAUCUCUAUAGAUUUUGUUACUUUUUUUUUCUUUCUCUCUCUUUUCCCACCUUAUGUUUGCAAAACAUUUUUACAAAUCAAUUUUCACUCCCACUUCUGCAUAUGUAUCUGCUUCUUUUUUUCACAAAUUUUCUUUGA